AUGCCCCGAGGGAGUACACAAUCGAAUGAUGCGCUUAUGUAUGAUGAAUGGAACUACCUUCGAAAUAAGUGGAUUUAUGUGCAGGGCGAAUGGAUUCAAAAUAAUGUGAAUGUUGGAGUGUUUGAUGCUGCUGUGACAAUUCUCUCAAAUAAAGUUGCAAUAUUUACCUCAAAUAAUAGCAACUUAAACUCAUGUGAUCAUAUUACUGCUGAAAAUGAUUUGAGGGAAUAUGAUACAAUCCAGGUUGAAACCAAAGAAGCAUUAAGAGAUAGCCCUAAAGAAAGGAAAAAAAUACUGUUGAAAAGGAAAAAAUUGCUUUCGAAAAUCUGUCAAUGUUUUACACCUUCUUCAACAUCUCCUCAUCACACUCCUCAUCAAGAGGCUUCCACUCCAUCCACAAAAAAUCAUUGCGAGGAACUAAUCGAAUUAAUUAUUCGCUGUAAAGUGUUUAUUAGAGAUUUACAUUCUGAAGGCGCAGAAGGCUCUCUGAUUGAUAUAUUCUCUUUUAUGAAUAAUCAUCCACAUCUUCAAUUGCUUAGACAAAUUUUAAAUUUGUCUACAGUUCAAAGUCGAGGGUUGGAUAAAGCUAUAAAUGAGAGAAUUUACCAAGAACAUCUGGAGAAUAAAAUGAGAAAAGCAUAUAAAAAUGCAAUUGUGCAAGGGGCUGGUCCUGUUGGUUUAUUCGCUACCUACAAACUUUUUAUUGGAGGAGUGAAUGUAACGCUUGUAAAUGAUCGUUCCGAGGAUUAUAUAAGAAAUCGAGUUGUCUAUUUUGACCGAAAAUGGAUGUCACAAUUACGUUUCUUUUUGGGGACUAAAUUUGAUGAAUUAUUUUAUGACAAUGAAAACGGAGAAAAACCUUUGGGAAGAAUACUUGAUGAAGAUAUUGGGUUUGUUAACAUAAAAAAUAUGGAAAAUGUUUUGAAGAAACGGUUAAAAGUUCUGUCAAGUUAUAUAAAUGGACGAGAAAUUCAACAAGGAAACCAACAAGAAAAAUCAUUUCUGAAUUUGGUUUAUAAUACAGCAGUUUUGAACAUAAAUACACAGUAUGAAAAGCCUUUGGCCAUCCUCGGUGCUCCACAAAAGCGUCCUGAAUCCUUUGAUUUUAAUCAUGUGAUAGAAAUGUUAGAAAAUUAUGAAGGAAUGACAAUUUUCGAAUCAAAUGUCAUUGGAAUUCCUUUUGAUAUAUUUUUCUGUGCUGGUGGUGCAAGAGACCAAAUAAGGACGAACUUUAUAGAGCCACCGCAACAAUUGACAGAAUCAAUAAAUUAUGGUGUUGUUAUCUUCGAUAAAAUGAAUCUUAAUAUUAAAGUCUUCGAAGAUUAUGCUGCCUUCUACCGUGAUCCAAUGGCUUAUAUGAAGGAACAUCUGGAGAAACAAAAUAUUGAUGAAUUGAUUAGGAAUUCUGACCUUUCUAGGAUGCUUAAAAGGAAGUAUAAGAAUUUAACCGAGAUGAUCUUACAAGAUAAACAAAUUGUUGUUCGUCUCUUUGAAUCAAAUCCAACAUUGCAUAUUGCAUCCAUAACACCGCAAGCACUUGUAGAUUUUAUUGAAGAUUUGCAAAAUGAAAAAGAAAUGAGAAUGCUUUUAAAGAAUCACUAUGAUAAUUUUCACAAUGAAUUGCAAAAAAGAUGGGCCAAAGCUCUUUUUAGUUAUACAUUUUCUACUAGACAUCCGGAGAAAGUAGGAGAAGUUGUUAUCGAAGGUGAUGAACAUGUUGGAAGUUCAAGUACAAGUUCUAGAGGCAAAGAAAUAGCUCAUGAACCCGAACAAACUCUUAAAUUUGACCCUCACAGUGCCAACACAAGCACUUUUUAUGUGGCAAUUUAUGGAGUUGAAAAUCCUGUGGCAAAAAUUGGUGGAAGUUCAGCAAUUAUUGCCGCUAUAGGUGAUGCAAAUACAAGUGCUCAUUUUAUGACUGCUAGCGGGAUUAGUACAGGCAAGUUACAACGAAUAGUAAGGAGCAAUAACGAGUCUUUUAACUAUAAAUUUUCAAUUUCUCCCGGUAUAGUGAUAAAAUUCACAAAAUUGCCCUUACUACACUACUGCUCAAAAGUAUUGCACCAAGCUAGUUGA